AUGAAUGAGGGGAAAAUUACAAACAACAAAAAAAUUAUCAGUGGUAUAGACUCUGUGGUGUACGCCUUGGCCAAGGGGGCCAAAAGUGUCAUGAUCCUCUCUCAUUUGGGAAGACCUAAAGGAAUUAAAAACAUGAAAUAUUCUUUGACACCAGUAGCUGUCGAGUUAAAUUCGGUUUUGAAACAGGUUCACAAAGAUCCUCAUAGCUUAGGAAAAUAUUCUCAAGUUUUCAAAAUCUUUGCAGCAAAUCCGGCACCGAACGUUCGAUUUCUUUCCGACUGUGUGGGGUCAGAAAUAAGAGAAGUUUGUGACAAUCCGGAACCUGGAUCCAUAUUUUUGUUUGAAAAUCUGAAAUUUCACCUGGAGGAGGAAGGGAUAGGAAUGGACACAUCAGGAAACAAAAUAUAUUCAACGAUACAAGAAGACAAUACUUUUCGAGAGUCGUUGCGAAGUUUGGGAGAUGUGUUUGUAAAUGAUGCUUUCAGCCUAUCACAUCACGCCUACAGCUCUAUGUUAGGGACAGCAUUUGACUCAAAAGCAGCAGGCUUAUUGUUAUCAAAGGAAAUCAAACAUUUGUCAAAACUCAUAAAAAAACCUGACCGACCCUUUUUAGCAAUCCUCGGCGGUACAAAGAUCAUCGAGAAAUUCCAUUUAAUUGAUAACCUACAAGACAAAGUGUCAGAUAUGAUAAUAGCGGGAGCAAUGGCAUUUCCGUUCUUAAGAAGACUUCACCGGAUGCACACAGGUCACUCAAUUUACGAUGUCGAGGGGUCUAAAGUAGUGAAAACGCUAAUGAAGAAAGCCCGUAAAAACAAAGUCACCAUGCACUUCCCAGUAGAUUUCUUAUCAGGCAGCAAAUUAGGGGCGGUGCGAUUGGAAUCAGUCAAAAGUGGCAUUGAAGACGAAUGGAUGGGGUUGGAUAUCGGGCCGGAGAGCUGCGUUAAUUUUGAAAGGGUGAUUUCAAGGUCGAAAACAAUUCUUUGGAUGGGUCCGCCAGGAGCUUACGAACUGGAUCAUUUUCAGGCGGGAACACAGUGCAUGUUGUUUGACAUAGUGAAAGCGACUUUGAGCGGAGCAAUGUCUGUGUUGGUGGGGGAGGACACAGCGAACUGUGCGGCUCGGUGGGGACAAACGGAGAAUGUGACUCACGUCUCUACAGGCAGCGAGGCUGCGGCCGACAUGCUCAAGGGAAAAGUACUUCCAGGGGUGGCAGCCCUGUCUGACUUCUCAUACGACAUUAAAGUCAACUUGAAACUGAAUCUCUAG